AUGGCUGACGUAUUCAAUGUGCAAGUCUUUUUUAUCGUUUUCAGAGAAUCUUUGGAAGCAAUCAUUGUUAUCUCUGUUCUUCUUGCUUUCAUUAGACAAUCCUUGUCCAGUGAUGCUGCAAUGAAGAAAAGACUCUACAAACAAGUUUGGAUUGGUUCAGCGCUUGGGCUUUUCAUAUGUUUGGUUCUUGGUGGUGCCUUUAUUGGUGCCUUCUAUGGAUUGGGUAGAGAUGUCUGGGGAUCUUCAGAAGAUCUUUGGGAAGGUAUCUUUUGUCUUAUCGCAACCAUUUUAAUUACUGCUAUGGGUAUUCCAAUGUUAAGAAUCAAUAAAAUGCAAGAAAAAUGGAGAGUCAAGCUUGCUACUUCUUUAAUCAAAAAACCUGCUGGUAAGAAAAACUGGUUGAAUAUUGGUUACUAUUCUAAGAAGUAUGCUUUGUUUAUUCUUCCAUUUAUUACUGUUCUUCGUGAAGGUGUUGAAGCUAUUGUUUUUGUUGGUGGUGUUGGUCUUAACUCCAAAGCUACUGCCUUCCCAUUGCCAGUUGUUUGUGGUUUGAUUGCCGGUAUUGCUGUUGGUUUGUUCUUGUACUACUUUGGUUCUUCUAUGUCUUUGCAAAUUUUCUUGAUUAUUUCCACCUGUAUUCUUUACUUGAUUGCUGCUGGUUUGUUUUCUCGUGGUGUCUGGUACUUCCAAACCUACAAAUACAACCAAGCUACUGGUGGUGAUGCUUCAGAAAAUGGUUCUGGUCCUGGUACUUAUGACAUUAACCAAUCUGUCUGGCACGUCAACUGUUGUAACCCAGAAACUGAUAAUGGUUGGGAUAUCUUCAAUGCUUUGUUGGGAUGGCAAAACUCUGCCACUUAUGGUUCUGUUAUUUCUUACAAUGUCUACUGGAUUUUCAUCAUCUGUGUUAUCUUUUUGAUGGUCUUUGAAGAAAAACACGGCCACUUGCCAUUCACCAAGAACUUGACUUUGGUCCAAUUGAAUCCAAUGUACCACAUCAAGGGUAAGAAGAAGUUUGAAUUGUCCCAAGCUGAAAAGGAUGAAUUGUUUGACAAACUUAAACAUCAAAAAUUCGGUGACGCUGAUGUCGACGAUGAAACUUCUUCCAAUAAGUUGGUUACUGCUAAUGAAAAAUAG